AUGUCGCAGCAACAAGAGCGCAGAGCGCAGGCGCCCGCAGCGUCGCAAACGAAGACGACGGCAGAUACGCCGCAGUCAGAGACAACGGAGAGCCAGCCCAGCGUGAUCCUGCGCUUGCGGGGAGGACACACGGCGAACGGCAGAUCGGUGCAGUGGGCCGACGACGUCGUGGACAAUGAGGGACUGGGUCGGAAAAAGUCAAAAGUGUGCUGCAUAUACCAUCGACCCAAGGCGGUUGACGAGUCCAGCGACGAGUCGUCGUCCGAUUCUUCUUCCUCGUCCGAUUCGGAUUCAGAUUCGGAGGCCGAGUCCAAGAGCAAGAGGCCUGUCGGUGGCGAGCACGACUGCGGUCAUUCCCACGAUCAUGGGCAUAGGCAUCAUCGCGGACGCGGCAGCGGCGCAAACGGCAAGAAGAAGAGGGCGCCGAGCCCAAACGCCUACGAGAAGAUGCCAAAGUACAAGCCGAAGGAGACGGACAAAGAGGUCCCCAAGUAG